AUGAUUAAACAACAGCAACCACAACAACUUAAGGCACAAAGCACCCAGGUCCCUCAGACCAUUACAUACGCCAUAUAUGCAUAUAAUUCAAAGACGGCAGAACAAACGCAAAGGUUGAAAUAUGGAGAUUUGGAGAUAGUAUUGAAAAAUGAACAUUUCGAAUUCGUUUGCAAAGGUGGUGCAGUGAUAUCAAAUAUAAAAGAAAUUUUAUUUAUGAAUUCUAAAAUUAAAGGUAUAACGGAUGAUAUAACAUCAAUUCCACCAGAAGAACAGAGAUAUUACGCAUUAAAUGCAUUUCCUAAAGUUUUGAAGAUUGGAAGAUUUAAUUUAAAUGAGGAAUUCAUAGAAGGUUUCCUAAAUGACAUAAUGAAGAAAGCAGAUAAGGGAUGGGUGGCUAGUGUGUUAGUGAAGAAGGCGGAUAAGGAAUAUGUGGAUGAAAAAGAUAACGAAAUGAAAGAAAGGGUUGACUGGUACCAUGAAUGGACAUCGAAGAUUUUAAAAACUAAAGCUGAUACAGGGUGGGUUUCAGGAUGUUUAGACCUUAAAGCGGAUAAAACAUAUGUUAACGAUGAGUUAGAGAAGAAAGCAAAUAAGACUCAUACACAUACAAGUUUUACAACUGUUGCUAUAGAAAGUAUUGAAGGAACGGUUGAAGAAACUGGUGGGGAUGUAUUAUAUUGUAAACCUCCUAACUUUCCACAAGGUUUAACAUCGGAUGACGACAUAACGACGAUGAGAAACAUUAGAUGUAAAGAUGUUUAUGUCAUGAAGGAUGAACAUAAUAUUAAAUUCACUGCUCAAGAUUUAUAUGAGAAGAAAGCAGACAAAACAGAGCUUCAAACAUUAAAGACGGAAAUACUUCAAACAUUAUAUCCUAUAGGCUCUAUUUAUACGUCAAUGAACUCUACCAGACCAGAAGUAGUACUUGGUUUUGGAACUUGGACUCAAAUAGUUGACAGGUUUUUGUAUUGUGCAAACUCUUCAAAGGAAACAGGUGGAAGUAAAACGAUUUCAGGUGAAAACUUACCUGCACAUA